AUGACUGCUCCAGAAAUCAAAAAGGACGCCAUUUCCAUCGAAGAAGUCGGCUGGUUGUUCGUGAAGAACUACUACGGCACUUAUACUUCAGAGAUUCGGAAUCUUUACGCAUUUUACGACAAGAACGCCUCUUUGUUGCACGACGAGUUUCCAGCUAACGCUGAGUCUGAAGAGCCAGUGGCAAAGAAAGUUCACCGUGCUGCCGGCACUGACUCAAUCAAAAAGCACUUCACUGAACAGAGCACCAUCAUUGAGAAAAACAAGAUCGUUAUUGAGAGAGCCGACUUUCAAAGCACUGUGGAGAACAGCAUCUUGAUCGUAGUGUGUGGUUCCUGGAAGCGUGGUGCUUCCAACCUUUGGCAGUUCGUCCAGACUUUCGUAUUGAAGCCUGCUGGUGCGAAGACUUUUGAUGUGUCUAAUGACAUGUUGAAGUUCAUUGAUCUUUCGGAGAAUUUUGAGGAACCUCAGUUAGUGGAGCAGAAGGCUGACACUCCUGCUCCAAAUGGAAAAGCCGACGAAAAACUUGACGAGGAUAAGAAGGUGACCGUUGAGCUGGAAGAAGAAACGGUUGAGGCGGUCAAGGAAGAGCCAGAGGCGAAGGAGAAGGACGAAACUGUUGUGGAGAAUAAGACCCCCAAGGCAAAGGAAGAAGUCGAGUCAAAAUCAGCUGCUGAGGUCAUGGAGGACAAGGAGCCUUCAGAUGUUAAUGGUGCCGCUUCCAAGACAUCAUCUAAAGAUACCCCUGCUACUGCUCCUGCUGCUCCGGCGCCAAAGCCUACUUGGGCGUCUUUAGCUGCCAUGCAACCAAAGGUGCCAGUCUCGAAGACCGCCACAGUGCCCUCUCCUGGGGCAGCCAAGAACGUUCCAGCCCCUUCUCCAGUUGUGAAGAAAGCGACUUCCCCAGCUCAAAAUGUUCCUGCAAAUCAGCAGCCAAAUCAGAGCCAACACAACUCCAAGUUCAAGAAGGAUGAGUGGUAUCCAAUUUACAUCAGGGAUGCGGACUGUGACGAAGCAGACUUAAGAGCUGCAUUGACCAAAACUUUUGGUGAGAUGAAGUUCUUCAAGAAAAACCAGAGAGUAGUUUUGUGUGACUUCAAGGAGAAGGAGUAUCAACAGAAGGCUUUGGAAGCCAAGGAGAUUGUUGUCAACAAUGUCGUGGUUCAUUUGGAGCCAAGAACUCACAAGCACAAUAAUAAUAACAACAAUAACAACAACAAAAAUUUCAAAGACAAAAAGGCUAUGAAGAAGAAAUAA